UCACUGUUGGAUAGAAGAAUGAAGUGGUUGAUUAUGGCAAUUUUAGUAUUUUGGAUCAUCUCAUUGAUCGAUAGUGGCAGAUUUAGACCAAACGGGGCGUGUUUGGUGAAAAACAAAUACAAAAACGAGCGAUACUGUAAGGGACCCCGUCGCCAGUUUUAUGUCUUCCAUCGCAUCAUUUUGAACUGUGUAUCAGUUUUCUCCAAGUGCCAGCGGGUCCACAAGCACAACGAGUGGCCCAGUCUCAACAAAUGUCAAAGAGAAUGCGCCUGGCAUAUGCAAAUUAUAAUGCCUCCCAACUCAACGAAUACAACGACGACAACAGAAGACCCUGCAGCUGGCAGACAAGCAGUGGCAAGCGACUAAGCCAAGAGCAGCCAGACCACAGAGUACAGCUGGAGCUGGAGCUGGAGCUCGAGCUGAAGC